UACAAGUGUUGAUUGAAAUUGUGUUGACAAUUAUCAUCGCUGAAGUUCUCCUAAACUCUUCAUCACAGCAGUAGUACGAACAACAAUCAGACCCUGCCAAUGUACGAUUCCCUGCGUAUUAUCAGGUCCACCAAGUUGACAUUGGACCUGGACUGAAGAUAACUAGUCAAAGACUUUCAUUGAAGGUAAAAUAUUUUGCAUGUACCGAGAUGAGUAGUGAAUGAGAACUCGAAUUGUAAUGAGAAAAAGCAAAUGCAAGUUGAGACCGAGAUGACCACAGCUGGUGUCUCGGAGUUGAUAUGCCUGGUAUGCAGGAGCCCCCUUGAAAUAUCAUCCUCCAUAAAUAUAUUUUACACCUCACUACCAAGAAGCGGUGAGCUGUUGGCCAGUUUUGUGCUGGGCACAAUUCGUCCCUCAGCAACUGAUCUCCAGAGUUCCUACCUGUGUUCACAAUGCUACAAUUUAUUUCAAAUGCUGGAGCAGGCCCAGUGCACAGUCACAAAUAUUCAGAAUGAGAUACUAAAGACAUACGCUUCAAAUGACAGUGGACAUAUCAGAAAAGAUGAAGUUCGAGUUGAGGAAAAUGUCGAAAUCAGUGCCAUUGAUAAUCAUAGUAUAUACCAGUUACCUCAAGUUCAAAAUUUUGAGCUGUUGAAUCAUGAGACUGUUCAAAUAACUAGUACAAAUAAUUGUUCAAUCGAUGAGAACCUACAAGACUGGCAAUCAAAGCUCAAUUUACCUGAGACACCAAAUAUCCACCAUAAAAACGAACCCAAAGUUGAAGGCAGCAACGAAAUACCUCUAAAGGACAGUAGAAUACUCGAGUCCCCGUUGCACCCAGGACAGGAUAUACAAGUGAAGAAUGAAUCCUCAAGUCUGAACGAUUUCUCCAAGGCCCUUGAGAAGCCACUGAAGUAUUCCUGCCCAAUCUGCGAUAAAAGAUGCAAAACAUCUGCUGAAAUGAAGAGCCAUGUUGCGUCCCACUCGUCUGUUCGUCCGUACAUGUGCGAAAAAUGUGGACAGGCAUAUAAGCACAAGCAUGCCCUCAAGAUACACAUUGGAAUGCACAAUGGCAUAAAUCCAUUCAAAUGCAGCUUCUGCGACAAAUGCUUCACCCAGAAGGGCGCACUGACGAGACAUUUACCAAUACACACUGGCGAAAUGCCGUACCAGUGUGACUUGUGUGGCAAGAGAUUCAUUCAUCAUACGUCGUACAAUAUGCACGUGCUGUCGCAUACGAGAAAGAAAUCGCAUCAAUGCCAUGUUUGCAAUGCGUUUCUGCUGUCCACAUCUCAUUUGAAACGACAUAUGAGAGUUCACACUGGAGAAAAACCUUUCAGUUGUGAUCUAUGUGGUAAACGAUUCGCUGAGAGAUAUAACUUGUUCGCACAUCAAAAGAUUCACGAUUCUGGAGACUUAAUACCAGACAACUCAGAAAAAAAUCUAUACAAAUGUGAUUAAUGAAAGGACCCCUUCGACGACGAAGAACCAGUGGUGCAACCUAUUCAGCGCCAACGUUCCCAAGCAACUAUCCGACAUAAAGAUCAGAAGCAAAUGGAGUGAAACUGGUAACUGGGAAUUGUUUUCGAAAAUUUCUAUUAUUAUUAUUUUGUAUCCCUUCGAUAAAUAUUCAAGGUAUGUCUUUCGACAAUUAGAUUUUCAUCCCAGUGCCUGGUGUAUUUUAUG